GCGAUAAAUGUAGCAGUAGCAGCGUGAAUUUCUCUCUCUCUUUCUCCAAAUUUAAAAUGGACAAAAAUUGGGAGGCAUGAUCCGACGGUCCCGAUUGGUUUUGAUGGUUGUUAUAUUCAUUUGAAUGGAAUUUCGUUCAUUUUGUGUUUGUCACUGAGAAUCGAUUUUUCAUCCUCUCUUCUCCUCUUCUCUCCUCUCUCUCGCACUCGCAUUUCCAAAGCAGAGCAGAUAUUAGAAGAUGGCAGACGCUGAGGAUAUUCAACCCCUUGUUUGUGAUAAUGGAACGGGAAUGGUUAAGGCGGGGUUUGCGGGAGAUGAUGCCCCACGUGCUGUCUUCCCCAGCAUUGUUGGCCGUCCUCGCCACACUGGUGUGAUGGUUGGCAUGGGCCAGAAAGAUGCGUAUGUGGGUGACGAGGCUCAGUCUAAGCGAGGUAUUCUCACUCUCAAGUACCCCAUUGAGCAUGGUAUCGUCAGCAACUGGGAUGAUAUGGAAAAGAUUUGGCAUCAUACCUUCUACAAUGAGCUUCGUGUCGCCCCAGAGGAACAUCCCGUUCUCUUGACCGAGGCUCCUCUUAACCCUAAGGCUAAUCGCGAGAAGAUGACCCAAAUCAUGUUUGAGACUUUUAAUGCCCCUGCCAUGUAUGUAGCCAUUCAGGCUGUUCUUUCACUCUAUGCCAGUGGUCGUACAACCGGUAUUGUGUUGGAUUCUGGGGAUGGUGUCAGUCACACAGUCCCUAUCUACGAGGGUUAUGCCCUCCCUCAUGCCAUCCUUCGUCUUGAUUUGGCUGGUCGUGAUCUCACUGAUUUUCUGAUGAAGAUUCUGACUGAACGUGGAUAUUCUUUUACCACCUCAGCAGAGCGCGAAAUUGUGAGGGAUAUGAAGGAAAAGCUGGCUUACAUAGCCCUGGACUAUGAGCAGGAGCUUGAGACAGCCAAGACCAGCUCUGCAGUGGAGAAGAGCUAUGAGUUGCCUGAUGGGCAGGUUAUCACCAUUGGCGCUGAGCGUUUCAGGUGUCCCGAGGUCUUGUACCAACCAUCCAUGGUAGGAAUGGAAGCAGCAGGCAUUCACGAAACAACAUACAACUCCAUUAUGAAAUGUGAUGUUGACAUCAGGAAAGAUCUGUACGGUAACAUUGUACUUUCAGGAGGCACAACCAUGUUCCCUGGCAUUGCUGAUAGAAUGAGCAAGGAAAUUUCUGCUUUGGCCCCCAGCAGCAUGAAGAUCAAGGUGGUUGCACCUCCUGAGAGAAAGUACAGUGUCUGGAUCGGAGGUUCUAUCCUGGCAUCCCUGAGCACCUUCCAGCAGAUGUGGAUUGCAAAGGCAGAGUACGAUGAGUCUGGACCAUCAAUUGUGCAUAGAAAGUGCUUCUAAAUUGUUUGAUCAGUAGGGUUAUUGAAGGGAAAGACGGCUGUUUUAUUCCUCUGGAAGAAGUGCUGCCUGCUUGUAACCCUUUCAUUCUAUUCUAACUUUUUGUAUCCGUUUACGUUAUUCUCUGGAGUGAUGAUUUGGAGAAGGCGAGGAGUUUAUUUUGUCAAAAAUGGUGCAUGCAAUUUUCACUAUUAUUAUAUAUUUGUAUUUUUAUUUUGUUUA